AUGAAUGGCGAUGAUGAUGAUGAUAAUGUUCACGAUAGCACCGACAGUGGUGCAACAUUACCAAAUGCCAAUAAAAGUGACAAAAGUAGGAAAUCUCUACUCUGUUUUAAAAGAAAGAAGUCACCAAACAAGACUAAAGGUACCACGCCUAGUGACAAUAAAAUUAAAACACCUACACGUUCAACAAAGCCUUCCAAUAAAGCUACACUUUCAAAAGAUACAACCUCUAAAACACAUCAAGCUGAAACGUCAAGAAAUUCGCCAAUAUCUUUCACAAACAUUACUGAAAUAUCUCUGUCUAAAAAAGAAGAUGAAGUGAAAAGGAAGUCAUUCAAGGAUGAAGACCAUGGUGUCACUGAAACUGCAAUACAACACAGAGAUAUAGAAUCACAUGAACCUGUGAAAACUGAAGUUGAAGAGGUUGAAAAGUUAUCACUGGAAGAGUAUGUUCUACUUCAGGAGAAUUUCGACUAUCACAACAGAAAUACAGACCAAAGACAAGAAGAGCAGCUAGAACAACCACAACCACCACCAACACAACAACAACAGCAACAAAAACAAAUGAGUUCAGAUGAUCAAGAACUCGUCAAAAGUAAAGAUGUACAAUUUGACGGAAACCUGUGCAAAAUUCAAUCGUCAUCACAAGAUGAUGAUAUAAGCAAAUCACCUUGUUUGCCUGUCCUAACUGACCAAAAUGAAAAUCUGGAAAAUUAUCCAUCAAGAGAUGAGCCUCCACUGAAGCAGACAACUGCUACAAGCUCUAAAACUAUCCAACAUUGUGAACUGCCAUCUGUUAAACUCACUAUUACAGCUUCUACAUCAAGUCCACAAAAAUGUAAAUUCAAUGAAAGAAAUAAUUAUUGUAUGUGUGGUUGUUCUCUUGUUAACAAGAAUACAAAUAUGCAGCGUGAACAAACAAUCGGAAAUUCGUCUGCAGAAUGUCGAACAGAUGAGGCGUUUUCUAGACAGUACAGUACUGAGUCUAAAGUACAAUUAUCACAGUCACAACCACAGCCAUUGCCACUGUCAUUGCCAUUGCCGAGAGGAUCGCAGAGAACACCAACACCACCGCCAAGAUCAGAAACAACGACACCGACACCGCCACCAUCACCACCAUUGUCAAUAUCAAAACAAUCGGAACUAUCGAAAUCAGUACAGACUAUGACAUCAUCGACAACAGCUUUUAAAACUCCAGCAUUACUAAUACUGCCUGAAACAGAGGUACAAAAGUCGAGAGAAUCAGCGCCAAGUGUGUCAUCAUCAAAAAUAAUAGCAGCAGCAGCAGCAGCACAGAAACACCUACCUGCAACACCAUAUGAACGAAUAGUGUGUAAUUGUUCAGUGAAAGCCAAUCACUGUCACUGUUCGAAUAGAAUAUGCACCACUUUCAAGCAAAUUGAACAAAUGCACUAUCCGUACAACUGUAAGCCAUAUAAAUAUAUUCUUUGUCCUGCAGAUAAAGGCUUACAACAGUGUGAUUGUAUAAUUCUGUGUAAUCAUCAUAACGGACUGAGUGUAAGUCGACAGUAA